UCAGUUUGGGACAUUCGGACGACGUUUGGACGUUGUGACUUCUAAAAGUUUCUUUUGGACCAUUCGAUCCAACUAACAUCAACGUAUCUAAUUAAAAACUUCGCUUCGUAAAAAAUGAAUUAAUUUUCAGUAACAGAAAUGAAUUGUCAUCAAAUAUUAAGCGGAGCCUGUAAUGCAGGUGAUCGUUGCUACGCUGUCGGUUCCGUUGAAGGAAUAUCCUUCACUGCAUACGCGGCAGGUUGCAACAUAGUAAUCUUAGCCAGUAACUUUGAAAGAGUUCAAAUUAUUCCGGGAGCUGUACAUAAUUAUAUAAGAAUUAGUUGUUUGGAUUGUAGUACAGAUACAGGAAAAAUAGCAGCGGCGUAUGAAAAUCAAGUCUGUAUUUUUGAGCCUACUCCGCUUAUCCACAGCGCUUGCUCACACCAAUUGGAGUAUCGAUGGGUUCAAACUGGUAGUUUGACAACCGAUUCGAAUAUCACUUCCCUAUCAUGGAAUUUAGAAGGAACAAGAUUGUUAACCGGCGGAGAACUUUUACAACUGUGGCAUCAAAAUAUAAUUCCGUUUCAGAAAGAACACGCUAGUACAGUUACGUUUUCGAUUGGUGGUGAUGCCGAAAGUCCAGCUCCUGGCGACACGAACACUGGAAACGAACCAGGGGCAUGGAAUUGUGUUUGGAAAUGUCGUACAGCUACACCCGUACACCUUAUGAGUUUUAGUCCGGACGGUACAUUAUUUGCAACGACGGGAUUUAACGAUAGAUUAGUCAAGAUAUGGUUUGAAAAUAAACAAUUGUUCACGACAAGAAACAUCGAACAUACAAGUGUCUCGCAGUCGACGGGUAAUGACAGUUACAGCUUCGUCUACAUAGCUCAUCCUCGAGCGGUGACGCAUUUAUCUUGGCGCAAGACUAGUAAACAUAUGCCCAAGGGGGCUGUCUCCAAUAUGCUUGUUACAUCCUGUCGAGAUAAUAUCUGCCGAGUAUGGGCAGAAACGAUACCACCAGAAAUCGAGGGUUUGGCUAAUAUGAGUCAAUUCGAAGGUUCCGAUAGGCAUGGUCACCACGGAAAACACCGACAUCAUAAUAUGCAUAAACAUCGAUUCAUGCAACGGCUUAAGCAUAUGAAAACGUGUUUCCACAUUCGUCGACACGCGAAACAGCAACAUCAGGCAGGACAUGCGACAGCACCAACGUUACCAACAUUACCUUCAACGUAUUCGGUACAUGAUUUUCACAACAAUUACCAAGGAACAGGUCAAUAUCCAGGAAUGCAUUUUCAUUUGGCAGCUAGUAUCAAUGCUGAAACUGAUAUACCACUGGUACCAAGUUUAAUUACCGGGGAUCCUGAAAGAGAGCCAAAUUUUAUUCUCCAUUGGCUAAAUAACAAAGAAAUGUACUUUACGAUGCAGGCGGAAAGUUUUUUACAAGAGCUUGCACGUAUAGUGGUAGAGAAGGAGGAAGGGUUGCAUCAACCAGAUAUAGAUCGUACGGAUCGCGCGGACCACGAUUCCGAAGAAGAAGGUUUAUCGAAAAAGGGAGUACGAUUGCAACCUGUACAAAAGUCAGGAGGUGCAAUUCGAUCGAUGAGCCAGGAAGAUCAUAGUAGCGACGAACAUCAUACGACUCAUACAGUUUCGUCGCAUCAUAGUUUACCGCACAGUGCACACUCUCACCAAAGUUUAAGUAACACUACGUCCAUAAAUUCGAUCGCAACGGAUGUAACCUCUUCGAUGAAUCAUGCCCCGGAUUCCUUGGAUACCAAAAUAGAGACGUUAUUACGCGAUUGGCAUCAUAAUCCGGAUUUACUGUUUUCGAUUCAUCCGAUAGACGGGAGCUUUUUAAUUUGGCACAUUGAAUGGUUGGACGAAUAUCAUCCAGGCUCGUUUCGACAGGCUCAAAUAUCAUUUUCAACGCGAAUACCUAACGCUUUUCCCCUCGGAGACGCUUCAACCAUGAGUCACAGUGUAUCGAUGUACUCUCACAAUACUGGCGGUCCGUUAUUAAAUAUCAGAGAAGUGGCAAAGUCGUCCACGAAAUCAUCGAACGAUGCUACCGAGAUCACGACACCGUUACCGAGUUUGAUCGAACAAGACGAAGAACAAUCCACAUUAACGUCGAAAGCAGGACAAGAACUGUUAAAAAAUAUCGAGAGCUCGUCCGAUCCGAAUCAAAAUGUUAACAAAGAAAAAAAUGUUCAAUCGGAAAAUGGGAAAACUGCGCAAGAAACGUUCAACGACUUAUUGACUCAUCCGAGUCCGAUAGUUUCCAUGGUGUCGAAGCAUUCGAAUGGAACCUUAAACUUAUGGCAAUUGACGUUUGCCGAUAAAACAAAAUUUUCACAAGUAUUAAGCAUCGGACAUGCCUCGAGAGCUUCGGGACAUCGAUUCCGUGUGAACGAUAUCACCUGUCAUCCGGUCUUGCCUUUAUUGGUGACAACGUCGCAUCAUAAUAUACCGGAAUCCGGAUCUCAAUGUCGGAACACCGAUUCGAACGAAAAUAUUGACGGCCAAUCGGAUUCUAAUAAAAUGACGAAAGAUCUUUCUCCUACCGGAUUCUGUAGCGAAUUGAUACUUUGGCGCGUCGACACGGUCGGACCUUUGUCAAAAAGCGGCGGUGUCUCCGAAUUAGCUCGUAUCAACUCUCCUGAAAUCUCAGCGUUCAGUAACGUAGCGUGGAUUCCUACGUUGCUGCCAAGUACUACCUUAGGUAAUUUAUCAAAUUCUCCGAGCGCGUGUUUCGUUGCUAGCGACGGCGAGUGUUUAAGGGUCUAUCAAGCCGUCAUCGACGCUAGAACACUGCUGGCAGAGGUAUCGAGUAGCGAGAGGCGAAGCAGAAUGAUGGAUUCCAUGACGAGUCUCUCGACGGAUAUCUCGUCGGACGAUGGAAUUAGGCAUUCGAUCCAUGAUAAAAUAAAGAUAGUGUCUCAACAGUCGACGGCCAGACCAGGUUGCGUUAUACAGUUAGAUGCUAUUGCCGACGCGACGCACGAUUGGCAAAAUACACAAUUUUUGCACGUAUUCCAAGAACAAUUGAUUACCGGAGACAGGAACGAAGAGAAGCAAGCUGGUGUAGAUACAUCGAUAAACGAUUUAGGUUUAAUGGAGUCUACUUUGGACGCAAUGGUAGAUUUGCAGCAGUCGGCAAUUUUCGAGGAACCAUUCUACAUCGUUGUUUUAGAAAGAACGCAGCAGGGUACAACGGUGCACAUGUGGCGUUUACUUAUAGCUUCUCAGCCUGAAACUACCGGAUUAUCAGGUUCGAUGAUGUACGUUCCUGAUUCUCAUUUGGUACAAGACGAAGACGAGGAGGGAACACCGGCGCGAUACAGUCACACGGAAGGUAGAAGAUCUCGUAGACCGAGUCAAACUCGUCACGAGAACCAAGGCGAAUCCGAUACGUUUUUUCAAAGACGACCGAAUCAGAGUAGUCACGUUCUAAUCACGACCACGAAAGUGUGCACUCAAGAGUUACCAUUGCCGGACGGAGUUGAGGUAAUACACGCGGCACCAGCCGCGGGACAUUUGAGUAGCUCGUCUAUAUAUCCUGCCUGUUUCGCGCCAUACAUCGUAGUGACAGCGUGUAGCGAUAGCACGAUACGUUUUUGGAAGUGUAAAGUGACAAAAAACCAACCUAACGACAAAUUAUAUUACGAAUGGUGCGAAUGGGAAAUGAUACGAAAAGAUCAGGAAUCGACGAUAGAUAUUACGGGACAACCGUUGAACGUGAGCGCCGCAUACAGCGGGCGUAUCGCGUGCGCGUACAAAUAUGGUAAAUCGUUUACGCGACCUACGAAAAGCGAUCCGGACUCGCGAUACGUGAAUUUAUGUGUCGCCAUAUACGAGUGUGAAAGUACCGGUGGGAGCGAAUGGAUUCUGGAGGAUACAAUACAUUUAAAAAAUAUACAUUUGCCGAGAAUCCCGGUGGACCAGCAUUUAGACUUGAGUUAUUUGUACGAUAGUAGAUUUCUACAAAAGAAACAGAGGUUGACUCAAGUGUUACAAACCCUUAGCCACGAAGACGUAAGGUCACCGCGCAACGGAGAAAACGGAGAAAGUACAAAAUCGAAUGCAGCGUUGCCUCGCUAACGUAAACGUUUUUCUAAAGGUUUGUUGGCGGUUCCAUCGUUCAGCACUCUGCAAUCGUUACGGAAAUCGAUAAUAGAGAACGGCAACACUUGUCCGCUUACGCAAAAGCAUUUGGUUCAGCUGGACUGGGUAUCGAAAGAGGACGGUUCGCAUAUUUUGACGGUUGCUGUUGGGUCGAAAAUCAUGCUGUUUACGCCGGUGUGUUCGGACCUUGCGCAGGCAAACAUGAAAGCGAUGAAAGAAUCGCAAAGUAACAAUCGACCGAUAUUACGGAAAGCUUCCUCGUUGGCACAGCCGCAAUUCGUCGACGAAAUACGUUGGAUGAAAUUGCGGAAAAUCGAGUUGACUACGGCGGAUGGUUUGCCCCCUUUACCGAUGCAGAUAUCUUGGGUAAGGGACGGUAUUCUGGUGGUCGGCAUGGAUUCAGAAAUGCACGUUUACUCGCAAUGGAAACCGAAUCCGAAAAAGGAUUGUUUCCACUCGAAUUUGCAACACCAAGAAUCGGACGAGUUUCAAGCGAGUCGUAACUUACGGGACGAGGAUUUGCGAACGUUGGCGCACGAAACGUCGCAAAGACGACUGGCCAAUGUAUCGUCGAUGCCGCACUUAUCUCGGGUGAGCAGUAUCAAUUUAACGAUGCUCGACGCGAAAAAGAAAAGGGGCAUGCAAAGCGAAAACAUCAGUUUCGAUUAUAUGCCGGAUUACGGACUGUUCGAGGCCUCGAGAAUCGCUUGUCCCGUGUUGCCGCAGUAUCAUCCGAAGCAAUUGAUGGAGUUGUUGAACUCCGGUAAAAUUCGAUGGGUGAAAGCGAUAUUGUCGCAUCUGGUUAGAUGCAUUGGAAGUUCGUGCUCGUUGAGGGCGGACGACGAGAGUCUUAUGAAACAACGGGGCGGUGGAUGGUCCCGUUCGAGGACGAUGUCGGUCAGUUACGUUGGCACCACGUCCCCUCUCGAGCCGAGAGGUUCGACCACGCAGAUACCCGAGGAGCUGACGUUGGAUUACGCGGAAAUCACUUCGAUAUCGCCGUUGCCUCUUUGGACUUUGUUGAUCGCGGACAAAGAGACGAGUUUGCAGCAUCAACACAAAACCGAGGAUAAACACGAUUACAACGAAUUAUUCGACAGCAAUUUGGACGAAGGCGAAUCGCUGGACGACAUGUUGGAGGAAGAUUAUGAUUGUUCGCGGCAGAAAGAUAGGCGAUCCUCGGUGCCGGAAAGACAAGGGAUAUCCCAUUUCGGACCGAGACAAGGUCGAUUGUUGUCUCGAUUGUUGACGCACACUCAUCUCCCUGGAUUGUCCAGUCUCGAUCAAAUGCAUUUGCUCGCACUGGCCGAUACUGUGUCGACUUGCAACGUCGACUUUGCCGAAAGAUUCGCGAUAGAUGCGGCCAAGAGCGCGAUCGCGAAAGAAAAUUUGACCGGUAUUCCCGACGGAGAAACGGUCUCGGCCGAUUCGCUGGACGAUUGUGGUUUACGAUUUUUAUUAGCCAUGAAGCAUUACAAUUAUUUGAUCCGUUGCCUUCCGCUUGCUCAGCGAGCGCAUUUCCAGAAACAGGGUGUGUCUUCGAACAAUCUCGUGUGGGCGUUUCACUCCGAAUCCGAGGAAGAACUGCUAGGUUUGAUACCCUCUUACGCGAAAGGCCAACCGAAAUGGAGCGUUUUAAAGGAGCUGGGUAUAGGUUGGUGGAUCCGAAGUAACACCGUGUUGAAAAGAUGCGUCGAGAAAAUAGCCAAGGCGGCUUAUCAGCAGAAACAAGAUCCUCUAGAUGCCGCCCUCUAUUACCUGGCUAUGAAAAAGAAGAAUCUUGUUUGGGGCCUUUUCAGGAACAAGAGAGACGACAGAAUGACCGCGUUCUUCGCGAACAAUUUCACGGAGGAUCGUUGGAGAAAAGCGGCUCUGAAGAACGCGUUCGCUCUACUCGGUAAACAGAGAUUCGAACACGCCGCGGCAUUCUUCUUACUGGCAGGAGCGCUCCGAGACGCGAUCGAGGUAUGCUUGAACAAACUGAGCGACAUACAGUUGGCGAUGGUAAUCGCUAGACUCUACGAGGACGAUACCACAUCACCGAAUAUCAGACGACUGCUCUACGAAGAGAUUUUAGGAUGCGACAAGGACGGCCAGUAUCAAGACACGAACAAAGCUCACCCGGAUCCAUUUUUGCGCAGCAUGGCACUUUGGAUUCUGAAAGAUUACGCGGGAUCGCUCAACACGUUAUUGUUGACGAACGUUGGAACCUUGCACCCGCAAUACAACGACGAAUCCGAUAAACCGGAAGGGACGACAGUUUCCGCUAAUCCGAACGUUUUCAACUUUUACGUCUACCUUCGUACGCAUCCGUUGCUCAUUAGGCAAUACAUCGCGUCCACCGCCCAGGACAAGAAGAAAGGUCAUUCGGUAGUGAUAUCGGGAUUCAGUUACGGUACAGAGACCAAAUCUCAACCUGACAAACAACUGACGUUGGAGGACAGCAUUACACCGUUGGAGAGACAAUUGUAUUUUACGACAGCGCAUGCGCACUUCAAAGCGGGAUGUCCGGCUCUUGCUCUCGAAGUUCUUUCUAAGCUACCAGGCAAAGUGAUAGACGCGAAUUACGAAGAUUCGCCCAGCUUACUAAACAGCCCGAGUAAAACGAGAACGCAAGACUUUCAAAUAGACACCGGUAUCAUCGCUUGGGACGACGAGCACUCGAAGCAAACGAACGACGAUAAAGGUGCAGCAGCCGUUGAUUGGUCUCAACCAGUGACGCGACAGACGGAGGAUGAAUUGGUGUUGAACUGGGACGACGACGACAACGCGGCCGAUCACGACGAUGCCGAUAGUCCGCCUAUGAGUAUGAAGCUGGAUAAAAAGUCAAGUAACGAGGAUCUCGCGGAAGCGGAGAAAAACGAAAAAACCGCGAAAUCGGCGGUUCAACUAGAUAUCAUGGCACAACAAUUGAAAUUCGUAGCUUGUUUAAAAAUUUUGAUGGAAGAAUUGUCAACGUUGGCGACGGGUUUCGAAGUGGACGGUGGACAACUUCGAUAUCAAUUGUACGUGUGGCUGGAACGAGAAGUGGAAGCUCUGAGACAGCUUUGCAGCUACAGCGUCAGUUCGGACGGAGACGCGAACAACGUCUCGGAAUAUGAAGGUGGCAUGGUAGACGACGCACAACCAUAUAGACCUGGCGAACAACCGACCUUACACGAAAUAUUAGUGGCAGACAAGUUGGACUUUGAAGCUAAGGUUCAACGAGCUGUCAGAAGAAAGAAGUGGUUAAAAGCGAACGAAACGUUAUUGCGAACGUUAUUAUCCUACUGUUCGUUGCACGGAGCGUCGGGUGGAGGUUUGGCAUCUGUAAGAAUGGAACUGGUUCUUCUGUUGCAAGAAUUGCAGCAAGAAAAGACGCAGCAACAAUUGCUUAGCCCUCUUCCGUUCCCAACCACGCUUCCACUGUUGAGCGCGAGCGUGGCAUGUAAUAAGACCGUCGUAGCGGAUCCAGUUAGACAUUUGCAGUCUCUUGCUCAUGACAUGUUACAAACAUUGGUGGAACUGCGCAAUCCACCGAUGCCAACAAGAAACACUCAUUAUUGCGAAGUAUUCAUAAUGAGAGAUUUAGCAGUGGCUUUGAGCGCUUGCAUUUAUCAGUCACUUUGCGAUUCCGACACUUUUGUUAUGAAGCAUCAUCAACCGGAUAGUUUUCCAGCCGUUGCCGAAAUCGAAACGUUUUCCGGUGGACACUUGGUUGCCUCGAAUCGUCACCAUCGAAGAUAUUCGACCGACGAUGGUGUAUGCAUUACAACGACGCCUUCGAAAUGGCCAGGCGUGACCAAUUUGCGUGCGCUGUUGGCCCGUGAGAAAGACGAGGACACGCCAAAAUUGAACAUUCUUCUUUGCGAAGCGUUCGUCGCCACUUACAUGAGCUUGUUCGUUUAUGCUCUUUGGAGUUGCGACAGUCACAUUCUUUAUAGGCUGGUGGGUCAACGUUUCGACAACAGUACUUGGUCUUGUCUUUUCGGAGGUGGAGUGAAAAAAUUGUUACGCGUUGCGAGCACGAGCAGUCAGGCUAGUGGAUCAGCGAUGGUUGAAAAAAUAGCAAGCAACAGCGGCGACGGUGGCUCGAGCGAAGCGCAAACGACCGCCGGCGCCAUGUGGAAUACCAUGACGUCGUUGACGAGGCAGCGCGUUAAAUUGAACAUGAAACUAUUGGCCCAGUUCACCGGUCAACAACCAAACAUGAAAGAAGACAAACCAACGUACAGAGAACAAUUCGUUUCGCCACAAAUGAGUAUGAUAUCGUAUUUCUUAAUGAAGCCGCAGAUAGACAGCGAGUACGCGAACGAGAUCGAUUAUGAUUCGUCCGACUCGGCAGUGUCGGAUUUAGACUCGUCCGAAGACGAGGAGGACGUGUUUGAUACUAAUUCGAAACCAAAGACUAAAUUAAAGGACAAUACAGAGCAUUCGAAUCCGAAUUCGUACAGUUGGUGCGUGAUGAGGCUCGCUAUAGUGAAAAUAUUACAGCAACAACUACAAGACUUUUUAAACGUUGCCGGGAUCGAGAUGCAAGAGUUGCCCGUAAACAGUCCUCUGAUUCACGGAACGAUGGCCAUCGUAGCGCAGUGGCAAGAAACGUUACGCGAAGAAUUGGACAAUAAGGGACCACCUUCGGUAAAUUAUAUUCCUGGUUGCGCGCCGGAUCCGACGCCAACGCCUGGCAAACCGGCGAUUCACAAAUAUCGUUCGUUACUCGAAAAAGGCAAUACACCGUUCAACACGCGUUUGGCAUCGGCGGCCCCCGCCAAUCGACUAUGGUGCUACUUGGUAAGACAAGAAUCGGUGCAGGAUAUUUUCAUUCGCGCAGUAUUUGGCAAACGUAGAUGUUUGUCGUCGAUUUUGGACAACAAUCAAACGACGAUCGACAAUCUGAAUCGAGGAACGACCGAUGAUAAGGGGAGCGAUAGCGGAACCACCAGUUUGCCCGAACCCGUUCGAAUUAUUCACAAGGAACAAGACAGUAUCAGUGCCUUUUGCCUGAAUCAGGUUACUCCAGGUUUAAUGGCUUUGGCUACUCCACGAGAAGUACAAGAAAUGAAUAUAUCGUUGUUGCUCGAGCUUCCAUCCUGGUUAGAAGACGAAUGCGAAUUCGAUAUCAUCAAUUUGAACAAACAACCGGAACCGGAACCGGUACAACCGACCAGUUUCCUGGUUAUCCAGACAGCGGCGGAUCGACCGUUAUUGGCUCAGAGUCCACAGACGAACAGUCCGCAACCACAGUCGGGUAUCGCGAGUCAAAGCGGAAGAGGUGCUAGCGUGAUCUUGAAGCAUAAGAUCGACGGCAUCAGAAGAAUCUCGUCGCACCCGCUUCUACCGUUAUAUUUGACCGGUUCUCAAGAUGGUUCGGUAUCGCUUUGGGAAUGGGGACAUCAGACGGCUGUAGCGACUCCUAGACCACCGGGCACUUUCGCCAAGGUAACCCGCGUACGUUUCUCGCAACAUGGAAAUAAAUUCGGUGUAGCCGAUUCCGACGGGCAUCUCAGUUUGUUCCAAGUGGCCUGCAGAGAAGGGACGGCUCGACCAUUUUUCAAUUAUCAAUGUCAUGGCAAAGUGACGGCUGACUUUGUCUUCCUCGGUGCGUGCAGUCUAAUAGCAACGGCAGGUCAUGGUUCAGAGGGACGCAACGUUGCUCUUUGGGAUACUCUGCUUCCUCAAAAUAAAUCAUUGAUACAAGGUUUCACGUGUCACGAGCAAGGAGCGAGUUCGUUGAUACUUGCGCCUCAACACCAACUUCUGAUCAGCGGAGGAAAGAAAGGGGACAUUAAUAUUUUCGACGUUAGACAACGACAACAACGGCAUCGUUUCCAGGCCCACGAAUCUGCUAUCAAGUGUUUGGCUCUCGAUCCGCACGAAGAAUUUUUUGUCAGCGGUGCAGGAGAUGGCGAUAUCAAGAUCUGGGGCUUGACCGUCCAUUCUCUCCUGUAUUCGUUUCCUGCGGAGCAUCCACGAUCGAGUUUCUUCAAAAAUAUUGGACAAGGCGUGACGCAGUUGCACGUCGAUUCCGCUGGACGCUUAUUCUCGUGCGGUGCAGAUGGAUCUAUGAAAGUUCGUCAGUUACCAGAGCGCGAUUGCGUUGUACACGCUUUGUACUAGAAUAGUCAAAAUAUGCCUAACCUUCUACUAGCGAAAUAUUUCGAAUCGCGUGAUUCGUAAAUCGACCAGGAUACGAUAAACUGCUUAACGUCGCUUC